AUGUCUUUGAGGAUAGACAAGAACACUGCAUGGAAGGUGGCGCUGAUCUGGACUUAUUCCGUCGUCUGGGCAUCGCUGCCAUUCGUUGGGUGGAGCCGCUACGAGUAUGAACCCUACAAAUUGUCCUGUACGCUUGAUUGGUACAAACCGUCCAUGCUGGCCAUUUCGUUCAUCGCAGCCGCGGGUACCUUCACUUUCUUCUUGCCUCUGGUCAUCUCUGCAGUGUAUUACACCAAGAUCAUCACGAUAGUCUUCAUGAACGAUCAGAAUACAUCCAGAGUCUAUCAAAACUCUGUUACAACCAACUACCGUCGUAUGGAAUUUGGGCGUUCUAAACGUGUCGCUUUGAUGACGCUAGUCCUGCUUUUGAGCUUCAUCUUGGCCUGGGGCCCAUACGUGGUCUUAGCCAUUAUGGGGUCGUUUGGCUUCUUCCAUUUGCCUUCUUAUCGGUCAGCCUUGGUUGCGCCGAUUCUGGCAAAAUCAUCUGUUUUCAUCAACCCCGUCAUCACCUACGUAUUGGUCGAGAAGCAAUUCCGAUGGGCCGUGAUAGAGCUGCUUUGCCGAGUUACAAUUCAUCCGACGGCCGUGUCACCCAGAUUGAAUCCGAUGCCGAAAUAA